GUCUGCCCCUGUAUUCAAGAUGGAUCCUACAAUGUACAUCCGCCCUGUUGGAAAACUUUAUGAAUUCAAGUCAUUGGUAACUGUUUCUCUUCUAUUUUUAAAUUCAUCCCCUUCACAGGUCAGCAGUCGACUAUCACUAUCCGCCGUUAUUGACUUUGGCCGUUCAUUGACUGGUUACAAUUCAGAGUUUUACCAAGAUGGCUGGUGCACCACCACCACUGCCUACAUCAAGGCCCAAAGGAGCUUAUGUACCUCCCCCUGUACCAUCCAAUCGUCCUAAAGUUGCCUAUGUGCACCCUCUCCCUCCCUCCACACCAGAGCCCAAUCGAGGGGACGUUAGCAUGAAACCUGGCCAACAAUCUGGCGUGAUAAACAUGGACCAAAAUGACGGAACCCCAAGUAGCUUAGGACAGCAAUUGCAGGCAGCGCUUCAUGGUAGGAUGAUGAAUAACUUAAAUAACAUCUCCAGCAAACCAAACCAGACUAAUAACGCAAGUAAGGUGGAAGCACAGAGGCCGAUCCCAUCUCAGAGACCAGAGAUUGCACAUAGACCGGCAUUGGUACCAGCGCCGAAUGCCACUCCCAAAAAUAGACCUUUGAGCUAUAGCUCCUUUGGGGACCUGUUUGGCGGUAGCACUAACAAACAGCAGCCACAGCAGCAGCCCGCAUCAUUUUCAAACCAAACCCCUCAUACAUCAUCAUCAACAUCAUCAUCAUCUUCCGCAUUUAAUCAGUUAAGUGGCUUGUUUGGUUCCUCAUCCUCAUCUUCACCAUCCACAGAGGGAAAUGUAUCCUUGACAGCUACGUCGGAGCAGAAGAAUGCUGCUGCUCAUUUCUCUUGGAAUGUUGCUAAGGAUGCCUCAAAGAAUGUUAGUACCAAAGACGUCUUCAGUGUUGGGGGUCUCUUUGCAUCUGCCUACAACAAAAAGGGCAAUGUGAAUGCUAGCCAGGAACAGCAAGCAGCUCUUGGACGCAUCUCAGGUCAAGUCGGUCAGAGCGCUGUCAAUAAUGUCACAGCGAAGGAGUUGGGACACGCAGCUGACUUUGCAACCACAAAUGUAAAGAACAAUAUGGCAGGGACUGCAGAACCGAGCAAUCAGCAACAAUCCUCAAUGGAUCUUCUCGCUCAAAUGAUGGGGAGCAAAGGAGGAGGGCUACCGCCUUCGGCCAGAUCCAGACCAAAGCCGUUGCAGCAGAAUACCCCUGCUCAACCAAAUUUCAUGUCAGGUCUCCCUCCCCCUCCUUCUCCCACCCCGCGUCAGAAGGUAGCGCCUCAGGCCCAGAGGGUAGCCCCUCAACCCCAGAGGGUCGUGCCCCAGCCCCAAUCAACCCACUUAGUCCCUCCAAGAGCAGCGCCAAGGGCACCACCUUCCAAGACAAAGCCUCAAGGAGGAAGCUCGCUGAUUGACUUUGAUCCUUUGGAAUCGGUCAAGUCUGGGCCACCAGGUUUACCCAAGUCCAAGGCUCAGGGUGGAGUUGGAGGUAGGAUCAAACCCACCAUUAUCAGACCGAAUGCGGGUAACAGUAGAUCUUCAUCACCGGCAGUAGAUCAGCAAGAGAAGAAGAAGAGCAAGCCCCCUCCAAGGCCUGUCGGUGGUCCUCCGAUGAAGAAGCUGGCUCCGGCGAGACCCAGUGCUGUCCAUGGCACCCGGUCUGCCGGGAGUACACCACCCAGACCCAGCGGCCUUCAACCAAAGAGGAAGGCACCUCCUCGACCUGGUAGUCAGAAAGGUAAAAAGAAUGCUCCCAAAGGUCCAGGAAGAGGAGGAGGCGGGGGUGGAGGGGCGGCAUCCAAGAAAUUACCACCAAGACCCGGACCAGGACAUCCUCUUUAUACUAAAUAUAUGGGAUCUGAACCCCAUGCUAUUGCUACAUUUGAUUAUAAAGGAGUUGAGGCCGAUGAACUCUCAUUCAAGACCGAUGACAUCAUCAUUCUCGUCAGGAGGAUUGAUGCUGAUUGGUUGGUUGGUAAAUGCAACAACAAGGAAGGAAUGUUUCCAGUUCAGUUUGUCAAAAUCGUGAAAGAUCUCAACGAAACCAAGGAGGAUGAUUACAAUGGCCCCCAGGCUGUGGCCCUGUUUGGGUUCCAAGCAUCUGCAGCUGAUGAGCUAAGCUUUGACGAGGGUGAUACCAUCAAACUAUUAGGAACCGUCGGCACUGUGUGGUUCAGGGGAGAAGUGAACGGAAAAUCUGGUAUUUUCCCAUCCAAUCAUGUGGAAGUCAUUAUACCUCUACCAGAUGGUUCACCAUCCAUGGAUAGUAUCAGUGGACCUCGCUGCAAGGCCAAGUUUGACUACCCCAGCAGCAGCGCAGACGAUCUGACCUUCAACGAGGGCGCCAUAAUCAAACUAACUGGCCGGGUAGGUGGUGAAUGGUUUAGCGGUGAGCUGAACGGACAAUCAGGCAUCUUCCCCGGUGCAUUCGUUGACGUGAUUGAAGAUCUAGCUCCUUCGCGAAGGGCUUCUCCGACCAUAGGAAAUGAAGUCCGUGCAAUGUAUGACUUUGAUGGGGCAGACAAUACAGAGCUGACUUUCAAAGAAGGAGAUAAGAUCACUGUGAUGGCACAGGUCAGUGGUGAUUGGUUGGAAGGAGAACUAAAUGGAAAGAAAGGAAGAUUCCCAGCUGCAUUUGUAGAUAGAACACCCCCUGGACUUCCACAAGCUACUGAUAUUGAGACCUCUGGAGUCGAUCCCCAUUGUGUGGUAUCAUUUGACUUUGAACCUGCCGGGGAUGAUGAGAUCAGACUUAAAGCGGGUGAAAUGGUUAUCCUCUUGGAAAGGAUCGGUGAUGAGUGGCUUCGCGGCAAGGUUGACUCGCGAGAAGGUAUCUUCCCUCGUUCAUUCGUGGACGUCGUCAUAGAUCUUCCGUCUGCCGGUGCUACGCCGUCUACUGCUAAGGCGCUCCAUGACUUUGAUGCAGAAGAUACAGAUGAGCUGACAUUUAAAGCUGGAGAUGUGAUUUCCAUCACAGAGCGUGUGAAUGACGAAUGGCUAAUGGGUACAGUCAAUGGCAAGUCUGGGCGAUUCCCCGCAGCGUUCGUUGAACUCUCGUGAUGCAUGUUUGGAGAAUCAGUAGAUAGAGAUUAAUUCCUUCUCAAUGAACCUUCCUACAAUUCAACUUUAAUAUAUGUAUCAAACAACUUAUUUUUAAACUUCCAUGUGAAGAUCGCUUCCUAAAGAACAGUUGUUUCAUUACCUACGCUUCAACCAGUUUAACAAGGCAAAGCGGUCUUGAAAACCACAUCGCAAGGUGGUUUUCCAAACUGAUUUGAAAGACCACUUAAAAUCACUUCCAAGAUCACUUUGAGCGAUCCCAUUAAACUCAUUUCCACUAAAGUAAUUUAAAUAAGUAGAUGAGAACUGAGUCUGACUCACCAUUCAUUUCAGUGGUAUGGAGUUUACAUCCCACUGCUGCCACAAUUUAUUGAAUACCUAAUUUAAAUUCAGUCUAUUCAAUCAUUUAAGCACUUUAAAUAUUUAUUAUUACCAUAGUCAUUGGAUUUAGCAUAGACAAGGAUCCUCCAAAAGACGUUGUUAAAGCUUCACAAUUACAAAUGAGAGUGUGUAAGAAAUACUGGAAGAUUAAACUUUCACAGGUUUCUAGGAAUAUUGUAUAUUUGUAAUUAGUAAAAAGAUGUAUAUUACUGUAUUAAAUAUAUGGUAUGUGCAAAGUCGACUUAUAAGCCUUUCUAAAGAUGUGUCUGCAUGAUGCUUUAUUUUAUUGGACAGAUUCAAGCCUUGUUCAGAAUUGACUCGAUUGUGUCUCCAUUUUUCCCCCCAUAGUUUCUGACAAUUGAUUUGAAAGAUCAAUAUUGAACUUUGCCCAUAUUUGCUUAUCGGAAGGAUGAAGCUGUGAAUAGAUUUGAGGUUAUCAAACUUGCAGUUCAGAAAUAGUGAUGGUUAUGUUAAUUUGUAGUUUGCAUCUGCAUGGUCUGCUAACAAAUGAUGAACCAUCUUUAGUAGGGUUGGCAGGUUUCCAAGAAAUUUACCUUCCAGGAAAGAAAUACUAAUACUGGGAAAACCCUAUAGAUCCUGGGAAGUACUUUUUUAGGAUACACAGGGAAAUGCUAGAAUAUGCUUGAUAAACACCUGGGCAAUAUUCAAGAAGUAUUUUUAGUAUUUCCCUGCUUUUCCAACCAUUAUCCCUUAUUCCUAAAAAAAAUCUUGAGGCAGUAUUUGCUGAUAUUUACUAGCAUUAUUUCCUCUCCAGCCAACUCUGAUCGUGAUACAUUAUAACUUUAGUCUCAAUAUUGUAUAUGGGGUGGACAUUUAUGUCUAGGUUACUGAAAAAUGUUAAUAUACAUGUACCAGUCACUUGUCAUUUGUGAUAUGUUCAAUGUUCGUUGUAUUCAUUGGCUGUUUGUAACGGUGUGCAGACAUAUGCUGAAUUUGACUUUGGACAUGUGAACAAUCUUUUAUCAUACAACAUACUAAUGGAUAUGCUAUGUUUACAUUGAACACUUUGUAUUUGAAUGUUUUACCAGCUGGCUGUACAUGUACGUUCCUUAUUUGUUCUGGCAAAGCUCACUAUCAGCAACACCGAAAGUUUGUAGAUGAAAUUCAUGGCAUGACUUUGCCAUUAACUUUGCACACUGAAGUAGAAAUUCUACUUUUUGUUGAGUGCAUAUAUCUGUGUGUGACCCAACAACUUCCAGUCUACUCUUAUCAUAGUGUAGGUAUUUCUAGUCCACUCGCAUCUGCUUUUGCACUGCAUUCUCAUUCUCUUACAUAUCAAGGAAGAAGCAUUGUAAACCUUGCUACCUGUAUUAUCCCUCCUGCUGUGUACUAUACUUACCUUCAAACUACCAGGGUCCCGUAACACAAAGGUUAGCGAUUAAUUGUACGCUUGAUUUUCACGAUUGAUUGUGUAUUGUAGUCAAUGGAAUCAAUCGUAGAAAAAUGUUUCUACGAUCAUUGCUAAGCUUUGUGUUACAGACCCCAGAAGUUACUGGGUUACACAAGUAAAUGGCGUGAGCUACAUCAGGGAACUUAAUUGUCAAUAGCGAGAAUUAUUCCAAAUACUUCCAAUUCAUGGGGUACCUAGCUUAAACAAAUUGAUUUCAGAAGUGCGUUUUGCUUAUGCUGCAUAUGUUACUUUUGUCUCCAGUAAUAUGGUUAGAUCACCCUCAUCAUUCAGUUAACCAUAUUUCCACUCAUUUUCUGAGGACCUGGGGAGUGUUUCAUGGAACAAAAAGUCAGUUAUUGUCACUGACAACUGUUGUAAGCUGCUGAAAUCCUUGCGUAUGAUUGGCUGAGAUAAUUUUUUUCUGAGAAAAUCACUGGCAAGAUGCCUCAUGAAACACUAACCUGGGAAGCAUUUAAUGAAACAUAUGAUAAGUGAUUUUCACUGACAGGAGUUAAAAGCUACUGAAAUCCUUGCAUCUGAUUGGCUAAGAACAAAUGAGUCAAUUAAAAUCACUGGCAAGAUGAUUCAUGCAACACUCCUCGGAUUUUGUCAGAGAAUUCAAGCGUACUGGAGGAAAUUUCAACUGAGGAAAUAUGUACUCUAGGCAUAUGUUACUUGAUUCUUUAAAGUGUGGUAGGGUCUUUAUUACAUCAAACACUUAUAGUUACUAGUAUAUCAAUUGAAAUUAAUUGUAGAUAUAAGAUAUCCUUUAUGAAGUGUGUAGAAGGUUUAUAUGGAUUGCAUGAUAUAAUACCGAAGAUCAAAUAUUUAUUGUGAUUGAACAUUCAAUGAUGUACCAUGAAUGAUUGUUUUGGUGUUUUUUUUUACUAAAAUAAUUGAUAAAAGACAUUGGGUAAAAUGCUAUGCAACUGUAUAUGCUUCUACUUUAGUUGCAGAUGAAUUAUCAUAUACUUAGUAUCUUUAUUUGACAUAUUUUCAUUUUCUACAUCUGAUUGCCUCUAAGCAGUUGCUCUUUGAAGCAAACCCUUGUCCCCCCCCCCCUCCCCCAAAAAAAUCCUUUAAUCACAAACUAAAACAAUUUUUUACAUGUUUAUCAAAAUCCUCUGAUUAAAUUGUUUUGAUACUUUCAAAGUUACAGAAGUAGAAUAUAUAUAAUGAAUAAAAAAAGAACUUUCAACAAAAGACAAAUGUUUUAAUUAGUCAAAGUGCUAUUAAUAUCUUUAGAUUCAUACUCUUGCCUUACAUUUGUAUAGAAUUGAAGAAUUGUAUAAAACAUAGAUAUAUUUUGUUACAAAGUUAUAGUGUUGUCUGAAGAAAAAAUAUAAAGGAUUAUAUGUUUUGGAAACAACAGCAUGGGUUUAGAGUUAAUUAAAAUCUGUCAAGAGUUAUAUAUAUUUUUAGAUAAAUUUGUCAUGGAAAUUUAGGCAUACUCAAUUUUAAAUUUGUAAAAAAAAAUGUAAAAACAUGAGCAUGUGUUGUUCUGUUUACUCUAUAGUACAUGUAUAUUCUAUCCUCAGUCUAUUUUCCUUGUUUAAAUGACCAAUUUUCAUCUUCUGUUCUAGGGGCGGAUCCAGGAAAUUUUUGACAAGCCAAAUAAAAGGGUCUUCACACCCGAAUGAAAGUGAUUUACAUAAACAAAUUUUUAAAGCAAAAAAAAUCCACCAAAAAGACAUUUCUACUAUAAUUUUUUUUAUACCUCAAAGGGGGGGGGGAUAUGGGCCCAAUUUGCCCCCACUUGGAUCCACCACUUUUUUCACCUAUGUUUUUACUGUGCACCUUCAAGUAAAUAAAGUUUGCUUGAUAUUCUGCAAUGUCUUUAUUUUUAUAUACUGUACAUGUUAAAUGAGAUACGCAUAUGGCAAACUUUUUUUAUGUGCACUUAAAGUAUUCAAUUUGGUUGUUAAAAAGAUUAUUGAUGUGGAUUAGCGUUCAAUUUUAAUAGAAAUGUAUUUUGUAUAUCUUUUCCACUUGUAAUGAUAGCAACCCCCCCCCCCAUCCCCACCCUACAAUGAACAUUCACAACAGGGAUGCAAAUCCUCCAAAUGCACUUAUGAUCACAAAAUUCUAACUUUCUUAACACAAAUUUCUCUUAAAUGUCGGGAUUAUGUUCUGCUUCUGUGAUUUGUCUCUCUGUUAUUUUCAGGUAAAACUCUAUCAGUAUUAUAAGUUUAGCUUCCUUCUUACCAUGCUGGGCAUGCUUUCUUAUUUGUAUUUACCUUGUACUAUACGUCGCGUCCUUGAUUGUAAAUUUUAAGAAUUUUAUUAACCUGUUCAUAGGUCUUCUCUAAUAAACAACUUUGAAUAGUAUUCUAGCUGUUUAUGAUAUAUUAGAGCAUGAAACAGAUUGUUAUUUUUUAUUGAAAGUAGUAUAAAAAAAAUUCAGCAUGAAAAUUAUUAUGUGCACCGAAAUUCUCUGCAUUAUUUCAUAUCUGCACCAGAGUAAGGUAGUAAGUACAUGUAGAUUUGUUAAUAGUAUUCUUGUGAAGAAAUUAAACUGGUAGUAUUACUUACCCGGGAAAGGAAAUAUGCAAAAGUAUACUCAUAUUUUACUGGGAAGAGGUUAAAAGGGCAGGCAGAGGAUUGAUCAUUUACAUCAUUAAAAUUUUUGAUUCAUAAGUAUACACACAAUGACAAUUUUACUGUAGGCUUGAAUUUUAGCUGCAAAUAAUAUAUUUAAAAAAUUAGUUCACAUGAUAAAUGCUGCUGUGUUUUGAUAUCAUGUACCUUAUUUGUUGGUAUGUAUGCCCACUGAAUACCAAAACAGUUGCAAAGUGUUUUUUUACUUCAUCAUUGCAUGCAUUCGCUGUAACUGACUGAUGAACAAUAGGAAUACAAAGAGUAAUGAAUGCUCUUUGUUGUGGAGUAACUAUGUGAAUAUAGAAAUGUUUGUUGUAAAAUAUGGCAGCAUGAUGAUGAUGUUUCAGAGAUUGUACAAUUUUGAAUAUAUAUAGUAUCAUUAAUAAAAUAAAUACACUUUAAAACAU